CCAAUGUGUCCUCUCAUUGCACUUUCAGAGCGAAUUACUCACACGAACUGGUCGCGGGGGGUGCUGGAGCCUAUCUCAGAUGCAUUCGGGCGGAAGGCGGGGUACACCCUGGACAAGUCGCCACCUCACCGCAGGGCCCAAUUGGGACAUGUCACUGGUGACGCCACCGCCUCCCGCCCCCUGCAAACCCACUUCCACACACUCCCUUUUUCCCCGACGUGACGAGACAAGGAGGACAUCCCUAUGGAUGCAUGCAUAAAAAGCCACCAAGAAAAAAGUUGUGGCCUAGUGUAGUCGCCUCCAGGCUGCACGGGGAGGGGGCCGCUUGACUGACACAAAAGCACCAGAAGAGAGGAAGGAGCGCUCCCAUCUCGCUCCUAUCUCACUCGGCUUCAGCCAGCGCCAAGAGAAGACAUGAAAAUGUCCAGUAAAGCCACUCUAGUCUUCCUCAUUUACGGAAUAAUCUCGCAUCACAGCUGGGGGCUUGGCUUUCCGAGUGUGAGAUUGGAGAGUGAAGUUUAUGACGAGGAUGGACGUUCUCUGCCCUCCGUGGACUACGACAGAGAGCAGCCGGACGUGAGAAGUUCUCCGUCGGCGACCAACGACGUCUACUCGUCGUACUACCCGCCAGAGAAAAGACUGGAGAGACAUGCAGACGGCAUGUUUAAUAAAGCAUACAGGAAAGCACUGGGUCAGUUAUCAGCCAGGAAGUAUCUUCAUUCUCUCAUGGCAAAACGUAUUGGCACCACCCACCCCUACACACUCGCACACAGCAGGAAGGCUACGAACGAGAACUGGGAGCCUCUGUCCAAGCGACACUCGGACGGCAUCUUCACGGACAGCUACAGUCGCUACCGGAAGCAGAUGGCGGUGAAGAAGUACCUGGCGGCGGUGCUGGGGAAAAGUGAUGGAAGACAAUGUGCGAAGGAGGACAUGAAUAAGACUCCAGUUGUCUCUGUCCACAACAGACAAGAAGACGUAGCUUUCCAUCGUGCGCUACAAGACUUAGACUUUGAUGCCCUCCCAGACGGGGAGGACUUGGAGGCUUUUUUGGGGGACUGGCUCAAACGCGUCUUCCCCAAGUUCCCGCAGGAGAAGGAUGGCGCGAUGCAAGGACGUUGAACGAGGAGGGACGAGAAGCUUUGCGACGCACGGAGCACUUUGUGGCUGCGGUGCCUUGCAUCGGCUUUUUUUGUCUUUUUUGUCCAAUGGAAAUGGCCAUGAAAGACGGCUAUUACGUGGCCCUAAGAUGCUGCACAUCAUCAGCUUACACCCCCCACCUUUGUGCUCGUUGGACAGUAGACCUCUUUUUAUUUGUGUUCUUUUUCUUGUGAGACGCCUGCAACUUGUGUACGAUAACUACACAGCCAAUAGCCUUACAAAAAAAAAAAAAAUCAUGCAUAAAUAUGUAUUUACCUGACAGGAAGUGAUUCUUAUAGUUAGGACUGAGUGUCAAGUCAAUAAAUGUUCCAAAAAAAAAAUGUUGAUUUCAUUGAAUAAAUUUUGGUAAACAAGAAAAGUGUGGUAUUGUGUGCAGUACGUGAUGUGCGGUACGCCAGUGCAAAUUUUUUUUCCAAACCAUAAGAGCUUAUAAAAUUGUCUCGUUUCCAUGGUAACGCAGAGGCUUUCACAACCUAACACUGACUCCAGUUGGCCUGCGACCUUUUGCCUCGCUUCAACUCACACAUAAAAGUACUUUGACGUGUUUGUGGACACAAGCUUGCACAAAUCCUUCUAAAUACAACUGGUCACAAGCAAUAAAUAUGCUCCAGA